UUUUCAAAAAAAUUGUAUGAGUAAAACAGCUUCAUCAAUUUCUUCAAUAUAAUAAACCAAUUGAAGUUUUUUAAAAAAAUUGAAAACCGCGUGUUUUAAACGGUGUUAAGUUUUUUCAAAUAAUCGAGAAAAAAUGGAAAUAUUAGUUCUCAUCAUCAAAGUGGAGAUAAAAUCAUUAAAGUGGAGAUAAUUGUUAAUAUUAAUUUUAUAACAAUCGUUUACGUUAAUCGAUCUACGAUCAGAAAAUUAAAAUUUACUUUUACUUUACAAACUUUGAAGGUGACAAAGUUUCUAGAAUUAUCAUAUUAACUUCUUGUUUUGUAUUGAUUCUCAGUUUAAGUUAUAUGGGCCAAAUGAAAUCAGAUCUACAUCGCAAAGGAAACUUUGUUUUAAGCACUAGUGUUGUCGAACAAAACGAGCAGGAAAUUAUUUUUAAUCAAAGGUUAAAAAUAAAUGUAAAAAAAAACAAAAAAGGCGAUAGAGAACUUGAUUUGAGUAUGAAAGAGAUACGCCAUUUACAUAAAACAACUUUAACCAAAGUUAAUAAAAAAGUUAAAGUGCUACGAUUGAAUUCAAACUAUCUCACAAUUUUACCAAAUGAAGUAACAUCUUUUGCAAGCGUAACCGAAUUGAAUUUGUGCAACAAUAACUUUCAGUUUAUUCCGGUGCAAAUAUUUUCCUUAAAUUGUCUUCAAAUUUUAAAUCUCAGUUGUAAUAGAAUUUGGUCAGUGCCGGUUACUAUGCCAAACAUGAAGGUACUUAAAAAAAUUGACUUUAGUUAUAACGAAAUUAAAAGGUUUGUAUUAAAUUGUAAUGCUUUAGAAAAUGUAGAGAUAUUAAAUUUGGAUGGUAAUUGUUUAAAUGAAUUUCCUUCCGUACAGCAUUUAAAAGAACUUCGAGUGUUAACAUUAUUUAAAAAUAAGAUAAAUUAUCUUCCGAAAGAACUCGAUAAUUUAAAAAAUCUUGAAGAACUUGACGUUUCGGAUAACAAUGUGAUUGCUUUAAAUCCCAAUCUUCUAGACUUUCUGCGAAAGUUAAAAAUUUUUAAAAUUUAAUAAUCAAAAGAUUCUUAAUUAAUUUUUGAAAGAAAAUCUUGAGAAAAAAAGAAAAAAGAAAAAAAAAACUUUAACCAAAGAUUUUUUUGUUUAUCCUGACGAAACUUUAAUUUACCUUACUUGUAUAGUGGGUGUUUAACAAAUAUAUAAAUCAACAUAAUAAUAAUAAUUCAUAACGUAAUACUAAUAAUAAUAAUAAUAAUAAUAAUAAUAAUAAUAAUAAUAAUAAUAAUAAUAAUAAUAAUAAUAUAUAACGUUCAUAGUAAUGAAGCAAAUC